UCUUGAUUUUGUUUCAGAUUUGAGCGUUAUUGAUUUUCCUAACCCUAAAAAAUGUGGGAUAAAGCUUUGUUCUUCUGAGUGAUUUGCCAUUGACGGAGCGAGGGAAUUCCAUGGGUGAAAUCCACCAAGCUUUCAGUCUCACAGUCGGAAUCAACUAUGGCCAAAUUGCCAAUAACCUUCCUUCACCUACCCAAGUUGUCCAUCUUCUCCAAUCUCUUAACAUUAACAGAGUGAAGCUCUACGAUGCAGACCCAAAUGUCCUUACUGCCUUUCUCAACACCAACGUCGAGUUCAUUAUUGGAAUUGGCAAUGAGUAUGUUGCAUCCAUGACAAAUCCCUCAAAUGCUCAAGCCUGGCUCCAACAGCACGUCCAGCCUUACAUUCACAACACCAGGAUCACCUGUAUCACUGUUGGAAAUGAGGUCAUUUCAGGCAAUGACACUGUUUUGAAAACCAACUUGCUCCCUGCUAUGAAAUCAGUGUACCAAGCUCUCGUCACCCUUGGAUUGGAUAAGCAAGUAAAUCUUACCACUGCACAUUCCCUUGAUAUCUUAGGGAACUCCUACCCUCCUUCUUCUGGCUCUUUUCACCCAGAUUAUGCACAGUAUAUUCAACCCCUUUUAAGCUUCCAUGCCAUGACAAAGACCCCAUUUCUCAUAAAUGCUUAUCCUUACUUUGCCUACAAAUCUGACCCUGGCUCAGUCUCAUUGGAUUAUGUACUAUUCCGUCCUAAUUCAGGGUUCACUGACUCAAAUACCAAUCUGAAGUAUGACAAUAUGCUUUAUGCUAUGAUCGAUUCAGUUUAUGCUUCGAUUCAAGCUAUGGGGCAUACAGAUAUCGAUGUAAGGAUUUCUGAAACUGGUUGGCCAUCGAAAGGGGAUCCUGAUGAGGUAGGAGCUACCCCUGAGAAUGCUGCAAUAUAUAAUGGCAAUUUGUUGCAAAGGAUAGAAAUGAAUCAAGGAACCCCCAUGAGGCCAUCUACACCCAUUGACAUCUAUGUGUUUGCAUUGUUCAAUGAGAAUUUAAAGCCAGGGCCAGCAUCAGAGAGAAACUAUGGCUUGUUUUACCCCGAUGGAACACCAGUCUAUAAUAUCGGAUUGCAUGGAUAUCUUCCAAUGAUGAUAUCAUCUUCUAGUUUGUUGGUUGUCCCUUGGUUGCACUUGUACUUUUUUGCCGUAGCUUCGCUUUUCUUAUUUUGACAACCAGAGAUGUACUCCUGAACUAGAAGUAGGAAGAGGAUGGAGAACAACCGAUGAGCGAAGGCAUCUUCAACCUACAAUGUAAUACUCAAGUGUCAUCCAUCCAUCAACCUUGAGCACUGGCAAUGAGGUUCAUGAAUAUACAUAACUAACGUGGAGGCAUACACCGAUCAUAAUUAGCGAUGUGCCCCGAUGCAUGCUUGAGAUUUCUAUGUUCUUCAAGAAAUCGGGCACAGAGUAAAUAUACUAACAAAUUUUGAAUUACAGAUUCUUGAUUAGGUUCGGAAUAAACUCAGCCGGCAUCACGUACAUUACGUGUAAAGCUACAAUAUCGACGGUUGGAGCU